UUCCGGCUCUGGCUUUGGGAGUCCCUCCUGCAGUCGUCCGUGCCUGGUCGGUAGGAUGGCGCUAGGCCGCUGCGGUUGUAGCACGGAGAGCAGGGUGCUGCUCCACGUCCUCGCUUCCCUCCGCCGUCUGGCUCCGCUGGCGGGGCGUGGGGGCUUCUUCCGCUUUGUACGCGUUCCCCGCGGCCAGGCAUCACCGAGAUGUGGACCUCCGCCGUCCUAGCCCUCCCGUCCUGUUCCCGCGUGUCGGCUAGAGCGUCUCCUCCUCGUUUCCGGUUGCCCCGGAGUCCGGGGCGGGGUGUGGGAGAAGGGGGGCGUAGCGCAACCUCCGAGGGAACCUGUGAGUUUAGGUCGUGUGGAGACGCCGGAAGUGUCGGGAGGGAGGCCGGAAGCUGGGGGGCGGGGCCAGGAAGUGAGGAGGGGCGGGGGUUUAUGAGGAGGCCGGGGGAGCGUUGGGGCAGAUUUGCACUCAGGUCCACCUGAGGUACUUGUCGGUGGUGCUCACCUCUGUCCCCUGCCCUCUCCUCUCCGAGACACGCCUGUCGUCUAGGGGUAGGGGACUGUGAGUGGAGGGGUGGGCUGGUCCGGAGGACAUUCCUUUGGCCUCGCCACAGGCAAGGUGUGGAGAAGCAGGGCUUGGGGUGGGGACGGGUCUCCUGGGCUUCUGAGAAGGAAGACCCCCGCCCCCCCCUCGGCCCCCACCGCACUUCUACACUGGCUGACUGGACACUAAGAUGGCUGCCGUUGCCAUGACACCAAACCCUGUGCAGACCCUUCAGGAGGAGGCGGUGUGCGCCAUCUGCCUCGAUUACUUCACGGACCCCGUGUCCAUCGGCUGCGGGCACAACUUCUGCCGAGUGUGUGUAACCCAGUUGUGGGGCGGGGAGGAUGAGGAGGACCGGGAUGAGUUGGAUCGGGAGGAGGAGGAGGAGGUCGGAGAGGAGGAAGAAGUGGAGGCUGUCGGAGCAGGCGGGGGUUGGGACACCCCCAUGCGGGAUGAAGAUUAUGAGGGUGACAUGGAGGAGGAAGCCGAGGAGGAAGAGGAGGGUGUGUUCUGGAGUAGUGGUAUAGGCGGGUCCAGCUGGGACAACAUGGACUAUGUGUGGGAGGAGGAGGAGGAGGAGGAAGAUCUGGACUAUUACUUGGGAGAUGUGGAGGACCUGAGGGGGGAAGAUGAGGACGAGGAGGAGGAAGUGCUGGAGGAAGACGAGGAAGAGGAGCUAGAUCCGAUCACCCAGCUGCCACCACCUCCAGCCCCACGGAGGUGCUUCACUUGUCCCCAGUGUCGAAAAAGUUUUCCUCGGCGGAGCUUCCGCCCCAACCUGCAGUUGGCCAACAUGGUCCAGGUGAUUCGUCAGAUGCAUCCAACCCCUGGUCGAGGGAGUCGUGUGAAUGAACAAGGCAUCUGUCCCAGGCACCAAGAAGCCCUGAAAUUGUUCUGUGAGGUGGAUGAGGAAGCCAUCUGUGUGGUGUGCCGAGAAUCCAGGAGCCACAAACAGCAUAGUGUGGUGCCAUUGGAGGAGGUGGUGCAGGAGUACAAGGCCAAGCUACAAAGUCACGUGGAACCACUUAGGAAGCACCUAGAGGCUGUGCAGAAGAUGAAGGCCAAGGAGGAGAGGCGGAUGACAGAACUGAAGAGCCAGAUGAAGUCAGAGCUGGCAGCUGUGGCCUCAGAGUUUGGGCGCCUAACACGGUUUCUGGCUGAAGAGCAGGCAGGACUAGAGCGGCGCCUUCGAGAGAUGCAUGAAGCUCAGUUGGGACGUGCAGGAGCAGCAGCCAACCGUCUUGAGGAGCAGGCUGCCCAGCUAAGCCGCCUGCUAGCUGAGGCCCAAGAACGGAGCCAGCAGGGGGGCCUGCGGCUGCUGCAGGACAUCAAGGAGACUUUCAAUAGGUGUGAAGAGAUACAGUUGCAGCCCCCAGAGAUUUGGUCCCCUGACCCAGGGCAACCCCAUAGCCACGACUUCCUGACGGACGCCAUCGUGAGGAAAAUGAGCCGGAUGUUCUGUCAGGCUGCAAGAGUGGACUUGACACUGGACCCAGAUACAGCUCACCCAGCCCUUAUGUUGUCCCCUGAUCGUCGUGGGGUCCGCCUGGCAGAACGUCGGCAGGAGGUUCCUGAACAUUCCAAGCGCUUCUCAGCUGACUGCUGUGUACUAGGGGCCCAGGGCUUCCGCUCUGGCCGUCACUACUGGGAGGUAGAGGUGGGUGGGCGGCGGGGCUGGGCAGUGGGUGCUGCCCGUGAAUCAACCCAUCAUAAAGAAAAAGUGAGUUCUGGGGGGUCAUCUGUUAGCAGUGGGGAUGCCAGCUCCUCACGCCAUCACCAUCGCCGCCGCCGGCUCCACCUGCCUCAGCAGCUCCUGCUCCAGCGGGAAGUGUGGUGUGUGGGUACCCACGGCAAACGAUACCAGGCACAGAGCUCAACGGAGCAGACACUGCUGAGCCCAUGUGAGAAACCACGGCGCUUUGGCGUUUACCUGGACUAUGAGGCUGGGCGACUGGGAUUCUACAAUGCAGAUACCCUAGCUCACGUGCACACCUUCUCAGCUGCCUUCCUUGGCGAGCGUGUCUUCCCUUUCUUCCGGGUGCUUUCCAAGGGCACCCGCAUCAAGCUCUGCCCUUGAUCAGCCUGCCACCCGCAGGGGCCCCUCCAGUCACUGCUGGGGGGGCGGGUGGUGGUGGAUGUUUGCCCACUCUAUUGUGAGCUCAGGCUCCUCCCACUGUUCGUUACUGAGUUGCUUCCUGCUCCCCCUUGAAGCUAGGCUGCUUCUCCCUCUAGGAGCCUAAACAACUUCCUAGUCUCCCUCCAGCUCAGUCUUCUCACCUACUUUGUCUAUCCAGACAGGUCUGCAUGGGUCCCUGAUAAUGAGAACAGCUGCUUGAUCUUCCCUCCCCGUCUGCCUAGCUCAGUCCAGCUCUGGGUCCCAGUUUGAGUAGGAGGAUGAGUGGAGAUUAUAAUUUUAUCCCUUCUGUUUUCCACAUCUACUCUUCAACCCUUGUCAUUUCUGAGGCUGGAGGGUUUGGGCAAGACCUGCUCAUUCCAAUUCUAUGUUUUGGUGCAAGCCCCAGCUAAGGGAUUUGGAAGCUUUUGUGGGAAGGCAGGCUGGGCAAAAGGGUAGAGCUAUGUAAAGUCUACUUUUCUUGGGGAAGUAGGAACUCUUAAGCUUUCCUUCCACCCCCAAUUUCUACCUCCAUAGACUGGCCAGAAUUUAGCUUCAGUGAGAUCUGGAAUGGUCAACUUGACACCGCACAUGACCCAAUAAAUUAUUUUCUCUCUGUCUUACAGCUUUCUUAUUUAGGAGCUAAGCUCCUUACCCCUCCUCCAAGUCUUCACUGCCAGGCUCUUUUCCCCUCAUUUUCAGUUUCUGGCCUCUCCACACUUUUUAGUUCCAUUCGGUAAGCCCAGUUGGGGUGCUUGGACAGGGGUCCGGAUCCUUGGGAGAGCCUUGGGUAUAAUCUAUUUUUCUAGUAACCCCUUGCCUUCUGUCACUUAACAGCUUUUGUCCUCUGCUUUGGUGGCUGAGGUCAAUCCAUGUUCUUGGGGGAAAAGGUGGGUUGUGUUGCAGAAAUAAAGUGUUUAUUUGCUGCU